CUCAGGGCUGUGUGCAGGGGGAGGGGAGGCCAUCAGCCCCGCUGGUGGGAGCCGACCUGACGCAACAGUGGUGCAACCGUGGUGACUGGACUUGGCUAGGAACCAGCGCCCAGCCUCCUGACCCCUGCUGACCCAAGUGCCCUGGGGCUUGUCCCUGGCUGGCCACACCUCUUGGGUGCCAGAGAGCCACCCCCCUCACUGGGGUUGCAUUUUUAGGGAUGCCAGAGGCCAUGACGCCUCUGUCAGAGCUGACACCACCUCACCUGACCUCCCUCUGGAAGGGACAGGACUGUCUCCUCUCAGACAAGCCAGUCUGGGCCCUAAAAACUCCAUGGGGGUGAGGAAUUUCCCUGUUCAGGGGGGUUCCCCAGGCCUCUGACUAACCAAAUACUGACCCUGUGUGCCUGUGGGGGGCAGGGGUAGGAGGGACAGGGAGUUUGAACUCUGAACCCAAGACAGGCUGGGGGCCUGGGUGCUGAGACCCUCCACUCAGCUUCUGGCCCCCUUCUGAGGGCUAAAGUUUUUCCCUGGCCCUGUGGGAGAUGGGCGGGGCCUCUCAAGCCAGGCUCCAGUUUCCGUGGAAACCCACAGGCUUCCCACCCACUGCUGCCUGGGCAGGCUCCCAGCUGGGGCCUCAUCUGCUGCCAGCUUCUCCCCAGUCCAGUCUGCUCCACCUCGGCCUCUCUUGUUCUCCUCUCUGUGUCCCCAUCCCCUAGCCCAGCCUCGGCCUCUUCCAUGGCCUCUGAUGCCUUCUUAAGGAACCUGGGCCUCUCCUGCCCCAUCCCUAAACUUUAGCUUCUCAGCAAACAGGCUUCCCAAGCUCCUGCCCCUCCCUCUCAGGCCCUUCUAGUCUCCACACCAGCUGCCAGGCCUGGCCAGGCCUCCUGCUCCUUCCCACCUACCACCUCCCACAGACCAAGAAACAACAGGCCUCCUAUUCUACCCGCUUACCCCCCUGCCCCCCCCAUCCCCAUGGAGACCCCAGGACUGGUUGUGCACGGGGAGGCUGCACCCUUCUCCACAGCACUCCGAAGCCUUCUCAACAAUCCCCAAUACAGUGAUGUGUGCUUUGUGGUCGGUCAAGAGCGGCAGGAGGUGUUCGCCCACCGGUGCUUGCUGGCCUGUAGAUGCAACUUCUUCCAACGACUUCUGGGCCCAAAGCUGGGCCCUGGGAUGCCCAGCCCUGUGGUUCUAAGCUCCGUGCCGGCGGAUGCCUUCCUGGCAGUGCUGGAGUUCCUGUAUGCCAACAGUGUCAGGCUGCACCGCCACUCUGUGCUGGAGGUGCUGACAGCGGCUGUGGAAUAUGGGCUGGAGGAACUACGAGAGCUGUGCCUGGAGUUCGUGGUGAAGGUGCUGGAUGUGGAGCUGGUUUGUGAGGCCUUGCAGGUUGCCGUAACCUUUGGCCUGGGACCGCUGCAGGAGCGCUGCAUAGCCUUCAUAGAGACCCACACCCAGAGGGCGCUCCGGACCCGCGGCUUCUUGGAGCUGUCGGCGCCCGCGUUGCUGCCCCUGCUGCGCAGCGACAAGCUCUGUGUAGACGAAGCUGAGCUCGUCCUGGCUGCCCGGAGCUGGGCGCGCGUGGGCGCGGCCGUGCUGGAGCGGCCUGUGGCCGAGGUGGCGGCCCCGGUGGUGCGGGAGCUGAGACUGGCCUUAUUGGCCCCGGCGGAGCUGAGCGCCCUGGAAGAGCAGAACCAGCGGGAGCCGCUCAUCCCGGUGGAGCAGAUCGUGGAGGCCUGGAAGUGCCACGCUCUGAGAAGAGGGGAUGCGGCCCGGGGCGCCCCGUGCCGCCGCCGGAGGGGAACCCUGCCACGGGAGCAUCAUUGCUUUCUGGAUCUGCCCUUUAAGUGACCAAGGCCGCGAUUUGCGAGGACUUCUGGGCCUGUCCCAAACUACAGCUCCCGAUAUGCCUGGCUCUCAGAAGGGGCUGCCGCCCCCAGCAUGCCCUGCGAGCCCAGAGCUGGAGGAACCGCGAUCCAUCCCGCGCCGCGCCCUGUGGGUGGGAUUAAGGGGGAGGGAAAGGAGGGGCGUGGCGUGGCUGGGGGCGUGGCGUGGCGGGGCCCCUAAGCGAUUUCCUUUGAGCUCUUACCCUGUUCUCUUCAGCGCCUCUGGCCACGUGGGCUUGGCGCCUUUACUUUUAUAACCCCAACAUGUUUUCAGCUCAGCUCCCUCUUUAUUCCAGACCUAGCUCUUGGCGAUCUCUCCCCAAACGCCGGACAGACACUUCAGACUCAGUUUGAAACUGAGCUGUCUUCUCAUCUUUCCUAAAUUCUGCCCCCGUCGUGUUUCUCAUCUACGUCAGUGUCUAAGCCAGAAACCUGCCUUGCCUUAUUGCUCCUCACAUCUGCCUCCCGUGGCUUCCACCUUCUCAGAGACUGAAAGGGUAGCGGAAUGUGCCAAUCCAAAAUAUGCCUCUUUGGUGUAAGGAUUAUUUUAAACUAUUUUGAGAAACAGCUGAAGCUGCGGAAACAGUACAAAUUGCCCUUUUGUUAGGGAAAUUUAUAUUUAAAAAGGAAAUCUCCAUUUGUAAGGGUGUCUCAUUCUCUGUACCAGAAAAAGAAGGAUGGUGAACUCACAGGAGGAUUUUGGUAGAGAAGGCACCCACUGGAAUCAGCUGAACAAAUCUUUUUUUUUUUUUUUUAAGAUUUUAUUUAUUUAUUUGACAGACAGAGAUCACAAGUAGGCAGAGAGGCAGGCAGAGAGAUGGGGGGAAGCAGGCUCCCCGCUGAGGACCCUGAGAUCAUGACCUGAGCCAAAGGCAGGGGCUAACCCACUGAGCACCGAGGUACCCCAACAAACCUUAUCUUGUUUACUGUGCUUUUCCAGGUGGCUUCCCCAGAACUGUCCUCCCUACACACUUUUCUUUCCUCCUUAGCUUAAGAUGGUUUUUCAGCAGGUUUUUAGGCCGCCUCAGAGAGUAACUCAUUUUUCCCUGGGUAUCUUCCAUGUACACAUGAGGUAUACAUGCUAAUAAACAUAUUUUUCUCUUGUUAAUCUGUCUCUCAUUACAAGAGUCUCAGCAAGAGCUCAGAUUGUAAAAGGAAAGUUGUUUUUCCUCUGCUAGGAGAUCUUUCCAGUUGGUUCAGUUCUCUUGCUUUAGUUCACCCCGUCCUAUCUAUGUCAGAAUGAAUCCAACAAGCUCUGAAAGUCUUCCUGCCUCACUCCAGCUCCACUGCCUCUGUGCCUGCCAGGCUCCUUUCCCCGCCAACCAUUUCCCACACUGCAGCCAGACUUACUUAAGAUUAUCAGCCCUACUUCCCUUUUUAAGCCACUCAACAUCCCCAUUGCUCUGAGGACAAAAUACACUUUAUUUCACUCUCGGGACACUCAGAAUUACUAGUGGUAACUCUUCUCACAACUACCAUCUUUGCAUUAAAUCACUGGUUCUGAAGCCGUAGUCCUCUGGCUGUGCACUCACUCUCUUAGUUACUGAAGACGCCCAUGCUUCCUCUCAUUCAUUACACAUUUUGUCUUCCUGAAGAUCUGAAUCUUUCUGAAGAUAGAUCCCCUGGCCUGGAGUGGCGCCUUAUUCAUUUCUUGUUCCACAGUCCCUGUCACAGUCACGUAAUCAGUGCUCUGUAAAUGCUCAGUGAUGACUUUAUUUCCUUAUUUAGAUGCUAUUUUAGUCCAUGAAGAGUUUAAAAGAGCUGUAAAACAAGACGCUAUCAAUCUGGGGCACCUGGGUGGCUCAGUGGGUUAAAGCCUCUGCCUUUGGCUCAGGUCCUGGGAUCGAGCCCCACAUUGGGCUCUCUGCUCAGCAGGGAGCCUGCUUCCUCC